UGCAGUUAUAAAUGAAAAUAUAAACAGGAAAGCUGAAUAUAUCUAUAUAGAAAGAAGAUAAUGCUAUAACGUUUUAAAAUGUUUAAAGUACAAUCGACAUAAAAGAAAAAACUUUUCAACAUAAUAUUCUUAGAAUAAUCACUUUGCGUUUGUUGGGUUAUGCAUCAAUGUGUUUGAUAACAUCAGCUGAUUUCGAACGGGUCCAUUAAAUUUAUUUGUCGAUUUCCAAUUUGAGUAAUGGCACUCUUUGAGUUGAAAUGGCUGCGGCGUUGGGUACGAAGGCAUACAAAUCCCAUAACGGAGGAUAGUGCACUAUUGUGGAAAAGACGUCUAAGUAUCGGUUAUGCGCUACUCGCAUGGAAUGCUUUUGGAUUUGUCUGCUACAUGGUCUAUACCGGACGAAAUGAUUGGGCAAAGUAUUAUGGUUAUAAGAGUGAAGAGGAAGCUAAAUUAACACCCGCUCAGCAAUACGCUACACAAUUGAACGUUAAUAAAGGAAAAAUUAUACGUUUCUCUGGAUUUAACCGUGUCGGCGAGAAAGAAUUCGAUAAUACAAGUGAAAAAGUUGAAUAAUUAAAUUUUUUAAUGAAAAUCGUAAAGUUAUCAUGAAAUAAAAAUAACUUAAAAAACCA